UUUAAAUUUGCUAUCAGGUCAAUGAGCGUCUGAGAGACUCGUAGAUCGAGCAUUGAUUAACCGGCUGGGAGUCUGUGUGAAAAAGAAAAGGCUGUGAAAAAAAUAUCGAAAUGGAAGAUGGAAUCACUGGAUUUAUUUCUUUUUGGACUCGCAAUAUUUAUAUUUUCAGGAUGGUGCUUUAACACAUUUAUUCAUCUUCUCUCAAUUUUCUACGCAAAAUGGAAACUUCACAAACAGCACUCCGAGACAGAGACGAAAGAUCUGCCAGGCAUAUCCAUCCUAAAACCUCUAGUCGGUAUCGACCCGAACCUUUUUGAGAAUCUAGAAAGUUUCUUCACAAUGAAAUACCCCAGCUUUGAGCUCCUGUUCUGCAUACAAGAUGAAAUGGACGCCUCCCGUAUGAUUGUCCAGAGUCUGAUCAACAAGUACCCCGCUGUCGACGCAAAGAUGUUUCUAGGAGGAAAAAAUGUUGGCAUCAACCCUAAAGUGAACAACAUAGCCAUUGGAUAUGAGGCAGCAAAAUAUGAUCUCAUUCUAAUAUCUGACAGCGGAAUCAAAAUGAGUGAGGACACAUUGGUUGACAUGGCCACCCACAUGACCCAGAAGGUGGGCCUUGUACAUCAGAUGCCAUACGCUUGCCCUCGUAGGGGGCUGCAUUCCAGCUUUGAAAAGGUGUACUUUGGUAGCCAGCAUGCGAAGAUGUACCUGUCCGCUGACAUACUGCGCAUCAACUGCGCAACGGGGAUGUCGUGCCUCAUGCGCAAGGCCGUUCUGGACGAGGCAGGUGGCAUGAAGGAGUUCGGACAGUAUCUGGCCGAGGAUUUCUUUAUGGCGCAAGCCUUUAUCGAUAGGGGAUGGCGAGUUAAGAUGUGUUCCCGUUUGGCCCAGCAGAACUCUGGUACUUACUCAAUCACUCACCUACAACAGCGCCUGUGCAGGUGGAUGAAGUUGCGCAAUGCGAUGGUUCCGGCCACCAUUUUUUGGGAGCCCAUCUCCCUGUGUUUCACGCUGGGACUCAUGAACGCCUGGGCGGUGAGCUACAUGUUGGACCUUAGUCCGAUGUCUUACCUGCUGGUCCAUACUCUUCUGUGGUUCCUCUUGGAUUACACCUUGAUUAAAGUGCUUGAGAAUGGAGCAGUGCCCUUCUCAAAGAUCGAUUUUCUCGUGUGUUGGUGCCUGAACGAGUUCAGUUACCCGUUUCUAAUACUCCAGUCGCACUGGGACCCAAAAAUCCAUUGGCGUGGGCGAAACUUCAAACUGAAAUGGGGCGGAGUGGUGGAGGAGUUGUAUACAAAACAAACUGUGUGAUAACUAGUCAAAGUUUCUUUUUUUCUAUUACUUCAUAUUCAUCUGUAAAAUGUUUUCAUCAUCAGCGUCCUCGCUCAUUCCCAGUUGUCUUACACUUAUUUUUAUUGCUGGUGAUUUUUUUUAAUGAGCCUCGCUCUGGGAAAACAGGGCUGAAUGCAUAUGAGUAAAGUUUAGUGUUAAACAUUAAACAGCAAUCAUCCCUUAAGCAGCUAUUUGUGUAAGAAAUACUUUAAAUAGUAGCCAGGCUACAGCAUAUAGCAUAUGUGUUCCUAUGUUACUGAUCAUUUAGCCAGUCUACAACAUAUAGCAUAUGUGUUCCUAUGAUACUGAUCUUGUAUCAUGUAGCACACAUGCUUAUGGGUAAAAUCGAAUCUCACUUUGUAUGCGCAUGUUUUUAAAAUAAGAUAGAUGAAACAUGCCACAUAAAUACGGAAACUUUGCUGCAAAUGAUUGUGGUUCAUGUUCAUUGCAUUGUUUAUUGACUUAUAUUCCAGAUUUUUAAAAUUUCCACAUUAUGUUUUAUUAUGUUCAUUAAUUCACCAAGAUCUACUUUCAUGCAUAUUUGAGCUCCAUCAUACGACAAUGGCACUGGAGAAUUGGAAAAUCAUGUCUGGAGCUACCCUUGUCUUCUAAUGAGACCAUGAAACCUUGCGGACAAAAUGAAUUUACAGAGAUAUGGCUGCCUAUGGAAUAAGACCGAUUUUCGCAUGAUGCAGCUCAUUUUGUGUUUUGAUGUUGUUGCGUUUAUAAGAGGAUCAGUCAGGCAUGCAAUACUAUUGUAAUUCAGUAGUAUUUAUGAUAUAUUUCCUUAGAAAAUGUCUCCAUGCAUAAUCUGGUCAAACAUUGCAUUUUUUUAGCAUUGGAAUAAAUGCUACCUUCCAUUGAAGACUCAUUUAACAUACUUUGUUUUUCUGUUUCAUUAAAUUAUUUGUUUUUAAAUAAUAUUUAAGACCAUUAUCUCUUUGGUGUAUGUUUCAAUAUAAGUUGGCCUAUUUGUUUUCCACUGCAUGGGAACAAUUGUCCAUUUCAAAUGAGGCUUUAUAUUGCUUAACAUGUUUUGAACUUUGAACUCUUAUUAAUAUAUGCAUUUGUCCUGGGUUUAUAUUUUUUAUGCCCCCGGAUCGAAUGAUCGGGGGUAUAUUGUUUUUGGCCUGUCUGUCUGCCUGUCAUUGUAUGUGUGUGUCUGUCCCAAAAAUUUAACCUUGCGCAUAAAAUUAAAACUCUUGGGUUUAUGUUCUUUAAACUUUACAUGUGCAUGCAUCUCUUUGAGAUCUACAAACAAACAUGGUUUGAGGUCACUAGGUCAAAGGUCAAGGUUACUGUGACCUUUACAUUCAAAAUAUAACUUUGUUUCUAAAAUAACUGCCGUGUGGGUUCAAAGCGCAGUAGGGGGAAUUGUUUUUCACAAUCACAGCUCUUGUUCAUUAUGUUUUUAUCAUGUUUUAUCAAUCAUCAGGUGAUAUUUUUCACUUUUGUAUUUUUGUAACCAUGGUAACAAACAAAACUGUCCCACCACUAGCUAUUCUGUACCUACUGUUGUGCAUGACUUGCAGUAACUAUGGUAACCAUUCAUUUACAUGUUCGUAGCUGAGAGUUUCACAAAAUUUCCAAAAAAUGGUGACAAAUAAAAAGGUGUGGCAAGAAAUAUGUGUUACGAAAUACUGAAGUUUGAACAAGGUUUGUAUUAUAUGACAUAAAUAAUGAGUAACAGAACACACUUGGAAGUAAUUUAUGAUAAAAUUUACAUCAAUUGUUAUAAUAAUAUUUAAGCAUAAAUAACAACUAUUAUACAUUUUAUACAAAAAGUAAACUUGCCCUUAAAUUGUUGUUAGUAUAUAAUAUUCCAUGAUAUUUUCAAAAAGAAUAUUUUCAAAAAGAAGGUUGAAAAAUAUUUGCUAUCGCAAUGACUACAACAGAAGACUGGCUUUGGUGGUUGAUGAUUUGUUUUGUACACCAACAUUUGUAUAAGAACCAAUUCAAUGCAACGUUAGGUUGACAUUUCACAUUGUCACGUAUGAAUUAAUAUUUAAGGAUGCAUAAUUUAUACAUAAAUGCAUGUAUAGUGUUUCAACUCGUAUAAAAAAUGUGUGUGUAGUACAUGUAUGAUAUAUGCUUAUUUGAAUGAAAAAUGUGUGUCAUAAAUUGUGUUAGAGAUUGAAAAUUUUAUUUACACAUAUUUUUUUUUUAGAGUGCAAUUAAUAACAAACGCAAAUAGUCAUAGUCAAUUGUGAACUUGCCAUUGAGUUUCAAAAUGUAUGAAAAACUGAGAAAGUUUAUUUUAGGUUUACUUUCAGUGUUUUGAAUAUUAUUUAACAAGUGUUGCGAUGUAUCUUGUUACCACGUAACGGUAUAUGUGUUAUAUUUUAAACUGAUUUUUACAAUGGUGCUUAAAUUUAAUUGUUUUAAGUUAAGUUUUAUGUUGUUCACAUUUUUACAUAGUUUUUCUUUAAGUGUUGCCUCUUAUGUUGUAAAGCAGAACUCCAUUUUAAGUUGAUCAAUUUAAGUUUUUUAAUUUAAUUCUUAAGUUUAAGAAUUUUUGAUAAUUAUUUUGUAUUUCUUACGGAGUAUGAUAACAAUGAUUUUACCAAACGUUAGUAGUCAAUAUUGGGUAAAAGCAGAUAUCUAAUAUAUGAGCUUCGCUCUGUGAAAAGGGGGUUUAAUGCAUGUGUGAAAAGUGUCUUCCCUGAGUAGCCUCUGCAGUUCACACAGGCUAAUCAGGGACGAAACUUUCUGCUUUUAUUAGCUUUUUCGUUUACAGGAAGACCAUUCUUGAUGAAAAUCCAGUUAAUGCGAAAAGUUUUGUACCAUUGCGGACUGCACAGGCUAAUCUGUGACAACACUUUACGUACAUGCAUUUAACCCCCUUUUCACAGAGCAACCCUCAUGUAUAAACUGAAUACAAAGUCCUUUGUCAAAUCUACUAGUUAUGCUGUGUGUACAAUUAUUGUAGUGUUUUCUGUGGCUGCUGUUUUCGAGACCACAGUUUAUUUAUAUAAGACCUAAACUAGUAAAUAGUAUCUUAUUGUGUAUGGUUGCAAGUGUAAUUUAUUAAUAGUUAUUCAUAUAUUAUUCUAUUCCUAUUAUGUUUUACAGUGUCUUAAUAGUUGGUUGAAGUCUUAUUUACUGUGUAUUUAAAUAUUAGUUUAUAUAAUUUUAUACAUGUGCAUGUAAGAUGUAUACCUGUAUGAUUUUCAUAUUUUAAUGUACCUGUGUUCAAUUUUAUAUAACCUUUAAACUCAAAUAAUAGAUUGCUGCUGCCAUUGAAAUUAAUGUCUAAUUUAAUGCAAACACUCAAAAAAAAAACAUUUCAAUUAACAUUAUGUUAACUAUUCCAUCAUUUAUGGAAAAAUUGGUAUUUUGAAAAUUCUCAUCGGUUGUGCCUGUAUGUUUUUCAUGUACUUUGAAAUAUAAUUUUGUUUCAUUACUUUUGGUUUGUAUUCAUACUGAACUUUAUGUAAUAUGUUUUGCAUUUAUUUUUUGCAUUAACAUUGAAAAGAAAUUUGAUUUCAUUACCUUUGUAUUCAUACUUAAAUUGCUUCAACAUGCUUUGCCCUUGUCUGGUGAAGUUUCUAACGGGUGGAACAGAGAAAUCUUUUGGCCAGUUGAUACCUUGUACAGCGAAACAUUCAGAGAUAUUGAUUCUUCAUGAAUUCAGAUUCAGAAUGAGACUGAACGACAAUUUGCCAUGUGUGGUAAAACUGCAAUCAAUGAUGUGUAUAUACAAUAGUAUAUAAUGUGGCUCAACCUCUUACAACUCAGAUACAAACUUUGAGAGGUUAGAAAUACCUUAGAAAUUCAAAAGUAAUUAAACAUCUAUCUUAUUAGAUUCCAGAUUUAAAGCCUUCAUUUCCAACUGAAAGAUACUGAUGAGCAGCAAACAGAAUAAAACCUAAGACACCUGAGUAGUUCUCACAGGCUGUUAGGGUUUGAAGCUGGUUGCAUAUAGCCAUUUUCACUUUGCUUCUCAGUGAAAAAGUGACACAAUCUUUUACAAGACUAUCUUCAUGCAAGUCUGAGCUUCUGGACUAGGUUAGGAAUUUGAUUUCAAAACUUUAUCAUUAAGUCAAUAAUUAAUUCGGAAGUGUGUCAUUGGAGUUUCAUUUUCCUGUAAUCAGUAUUUACUUGAUUGAAUUAACCAGUUUGAUGUAAUAAAAUGAAUUACUAGUAUCUUAUACUGAAUGUGAUUCAUACUUUAAUGUUUAUUACCAAUAUUUCAUGUGUUAUGAACUUUUUCAGCUGUGUUCAGGUGUCUUUAAUCUGGGUUUUUUUCUUAACAAUUAUGUUACUUGAGUUUUUCUACAUCUUUGUAUUGGUCAUGAUAAUUAUAUUGCAUUGCAUAAUUAGUGUUGUGAAGUAUACUUAAUUAAGAAAUAUGAAAAAAAAAUCAUAGAAUCUUUGUUACACACAACGUGUUACAUGUAUGUGUGUUAUUUUAUUGUAUUGUAAAAUCAUGUUGACAGUUCUGCAAUAAUUAAUUUAAAAAGCCAAUCUGUUUUUAUCAUAAUGUAGCAGUAAACAAAACCCUUGGAUACAAUUAUGUAUGUAAAUUGCUCAACCAUGAGGUGUUACAGGAAGAAAUACCAGAAAGGCCUCUUGAUGUUUGGCAUGUGACCCCCUUUGCAUGCUGCAUGAUGUUCUGCCUAGUGGUUGAACGCUUCACUGACAAGGUUCUGCGGUUGAAUGUGCAGAUAUUGAAAACACAAGCAAUAUGAUUCUUUAUUUGUUGCAAUAAAUUAUUGGGCAACAGUGUAAUUUUCCAUUUGUUGCAAUAAAUUAUUUUGAAACAGUGUUGAAUUAGCCAGUAAUUUUUUUUCUUAGUAUGUUGUACUGUUAUUUUUGGAACAAAAUCAAUUUCAUUGGGUCGUUGGUUGAAAGUUAAUAUCCCAAACUAUUGGUGAUAUGCUGUGAAGUAAUGUUAACAAUAUGUUGUGUCAUCAAAACCAGAAAUGCAUUGAAAUAUGUAUUGAAAACAUAUUAUAAAUAUUUACUUUAGUAAGUGAAAUUUGUGUCUGAUAAUUGAUGGUUAUACAAAUUCAUCAGCCAUAGUUUCUGUUGUGUGCUUUAAGCAUUAAUAGUAAUGCUUUUUUGUUAUGGCUUUUUCUUUUUAAUGCAAUUAUGUUAGUUUUUAAAAAUCAUACCACUUUUGGUAUUCAAUUCAAAUAUGUUAUGUUCUGUAAGAGAUUUGUUCACAAUUUUGCACUACAACAAUUUAAAAACAAAUUUUUAUAGAUUCAAAAAAGAAAAAUAUUGAAAAUAUAAUUAUGUUUUCUAUUGAUAACCAUCAAUCAUAAUUGGAAAAAUAAUACAGCCUUUGAAAAGCUUUUAAUUGACAAUUAAUUAAAAUCAUGUAUUUCCAGACUACUGACCAAACUCAAAGGCCUGCAUGUUUUAGUGGAAGGGCGCAAGGGUUUGUUACUAUAUGUAUGAGUUCGAGCCCAAGCACAGGCACCUUUUUUUUGUUAUUGUAUUUUUUUGAAGACAUUUAAAAUACUACAUUUUUGUUAAUAAUUUAAUAACAUUGCAAUAAAUGCAAAAAUCAGUGCACAAGUAUCUUUAAUAGUUUUUUUAAUUUUUGCAAUAAAUUAUAUGACAACAGUGUUGAAGUAUUAAGCAUAACAUGUAUCUUUUUAAAUGUUGUACUUUUAUUUUGGAACAAAACCAAUGUUGUGGGGUAGUUGAUUUUAAUUUAUUAAAAAAACAAUUGAUGAUAUGCUGUGAAGUAAUGUUCAAGCAACAUGUCUUUUUGGUGGAGUUGAUAUGCUGAAAUUUUGAAGAAAUAAAGAAUACAGAUAUAAAAAAUA